UCAUUUGGCUCGGCGCUUCUCUGGCCGUGUCUUGGACCGGUGUGACUGGGAGGAAACCCCGUUGACUGCACUCGUUCGGACAGCCAGAGAGAGUCAGCUGCACCUUGUGAGAAGCCAUGAGCGAAUCAUCCCAGAAGGAGCUGGUCCAAAAGGCCAAGCUGGCCGAGCAGGCUGAGCGCUACGAUGACAUGGCUGCAGCGAUGAAAUCGGUGACGGAGGAGGGCGAGGAACUGACCAACGAGGAGCGCAACCUGCUGUCGGUGGCCUACAAGAAUGUUGUGGGUGCCCGUCGCUCCUCUUGGCGCGUGGUUUCCAGCAUCGAGCAGAAAGCGGAGGGCGUUGAAGGGAGACAAGCCAAGGUCAAAGAGUACAGAGAAAAAAUUGAGAAGGAGCUGAAAGACAUCUGCAAUGAUGUUCUGGUUCUUUUGGACAAGUUUCUCAUCCCCAAAGCAGAGGCAGCAGAGAGCAAAGUAUUUUAUUUGAAAAUGAAAGGAGACUACUAUCGCUAUUUGGCUGAGGUGGCAGUAGGAGAUGAGAAGACUGGCAUUAUUGGUGAUUCGCAGGAAGCAUACAAACAGGCCUUUGAAAUCAGCAAAGCAGAAAUGCAACCAACGCACCCAAUACGCCUCGGCCUAGCCCUUAAUUUCUCUGUGUUCUACUAUGAGAUCCUCAAUUCUCCUGAGCAGGCUUGCAAGCUAGCCAAACAGGCCUUUGACGAUGCCAUCGCAGAACUCGACACACUGAGUGAAGAAUCGUACAAAGACAGUACACUAAUCAUGCAGCUAUUGAGAGACAACUUGACACUGUGGACUUCUGAUAACGCAGUGGAGGGAGAGGAGCCAGAGGAGCCUAAAGAAUGAGCCUCACCCCCACAGUCAUCCCGUCUGCCCGACAUCGUCCAAAGUCCUCUUUGUUUUGAUCAGCACUUUGACCACCUCAUUCAUGACAUCCAGCUUGAUCCUUUGUUCUUCUAUCUAGGUCUCUGCUCCUCUGUCUCUUCCCAGCAUGCCGUUUGUUCUGCAGAAACUGUAGAUAAACAGGCAGGGGCUUUAAAGUGUGAUGACAGGGUGCAUUUAUGUUUGGGGUUGGAUUGCCUGCUGGCCUUGUUCUGGGUUUAAUGAUUUUUAGGGGUUUUCUAGUCUUGAGACGUGCAGCAAACUGUUCUGAAAUCCCAAAUUAGAUGUGUAUCCUACUUGUAAAAGGUGCUGUUAGCAGCCACAUCAAAAACAGAAGCUGCCGGCUGCCACCUGACCCGGCAGAAGAGCAAUUACAGCAAAGGUAGACGCAAUGAUGACGUGACGGGGGGUGCUGGUGAUGAAGGGCCAGAUUUUACACAGGUUACAUUCCAUAAACUGCCGGUUAACAACCUUCUACUGUCCUAUCUCUCUUUUUUCCUUCGUUGGAGGGGGGCUGCUUUUGUACGUCUAUGUAUUCAUUACGAGGUAUAGAAAAUAAAAAGAACAAGAGCACAAGCUUGUACUGUUGCUGUUUUUGUAUGAGCACCUCAGUAAGUAUAGAGAAUCCCACUUUUUAUAUAAUUAAAGGUUUUUGAAAUUUUCUUUGUUUUUCAAUACUUGCAUAAGGUUGGUUAAAGGGUAGUCUGGAGAAGCAAGAGGCUGUUGGCUGUUAGCUUUGUCUUUUCAUACUAAACACUUGAGCGUAACUGUUAUUUGGGGAUAAUGCAUAAUUCAGUUAAGUGAAAUAAACAAUUUAAAAGGUU